GGAGUGAAGCUGUCGAGAAGAGUCCCCAGAUUCUAGACUUUAGACCCGCCGGCACCUUCGACUUGACACAACCUUAAUAACUCACAAGAAUUGUCGACGGUCAGCCAGAAUCACUGCUGUGUUCCGCAUAAAACCAGCAAAAAUGGCCUCCCAAGAAAAGAUCACCGUCUACAAUGUAGCAGACCUCAAAAACACCACCGACGACGCCCUCCCCAACUACCUCAACAGCCUCGGCUUCACGCAGUCCCACUACCUCACCGACGUGCGCCUGGCGCUCGGCUACUCGGCCUUCGCGCUCGCGGCCGCCUGUUUCGGGUGGGACUACCACUUCGGCUUCGAAUCCACCAAGCACUUCACCGCCGCCGCCGUCGCCGUGUACACGCUCCUCAACGGCGCGCUCACGCUCUGGGUCAGCCAGGCGGAGCGCGGGACCGUGUACGUGGGGCGGUCCAAGACGACGGGCGAGGCGCUGCGCAUCGCGACGCGCGUCGACAAGAACGUGCCCGAGUACCGCGUCUCCGUCGAGGUGACGCGCAAGGACGGCGGGCGGGAGCAGCUGGAGUUUGCGCGUGCCUUUGCCGAGUGGUUCGAUGCCGCGGGGCAUUUUGUGGCGGCCCCGUUUCAGGUUAUGUUGGCGGGCAGUGUGCCCGUGAUUGGGAGGGCGGAUCCCAAGAGGGCGGCUGCGGCGGCGGCGGUGGGGAAGGGCGGGGAGGAUAAUGCCGCGGCGGUGUAUACGCCCGAGAUGCUGGAUGCGCUCGCUAAGGCGAAUGCGAGUGUGGUUGGGUCUGCGGCGGAGGAGGCGACUGGGUCGGAGGCGGCGGCGGGGAAGAAGGGGGGGAAGAGGAGAAAGGCGUGAGGUGGC